UUGUUGAGGUCAGAUUUGUUGAUUACCAGGCGAAUUUUUUUGAAAUUGUAGCCAGUAAGUUUAUCAUUAUUUCAGAUCUAAUUUGUGUAUUGAAAAAAAAAGCGCCAUGGCGGAUAUGUUCAACGCUAAUUUGGAGAAAAUUUUUGAAAGCAUUAACAGUACGAUACGUUUGGCAGCCGAAUUCGGUGAUACCGAUCAAAAAAACAUCAAGCCGUAUGCUGAGCUAGCAGAGCAACUAGUUGGCUUAACUGUGAAAUAUAAUAUGCAUAGCAAAGCUCUGCAAGAAUCGUCAGGAGAAGUAACGCUGGAAGAGUUUGAUCGCCGAUACCAAUCAAAUAUCACGGCUAGUAAAAGUAACAUAAAAAAUUUGAAGCGCUACAAAGAUUUCAUCUCCCAAGCUAAACUGCUGUUGACCGGCGACGACAGUGGUCCGAGCCCUAACCAGCAGUACGACGAAGAUUUAGAAGUAGAAGCUGCUAUCAGCGAAAUCGAUCCGAUUACCAAGCGUCCGCUGGAAAUACCGGUUCGCAAUCAGAAAUGCAACCACGUAUACGAGAAAAGUUCCAUUGAAUCAUUAAUAAAAAAUAAUGCCCGAACAAGGUGUCCAGUUAUGGGAUGUGCGGCUAGCCAGUACGUCACUCUUGCUGAUUUGGUGGAAGAUAAAAUGCUACAGCACAAGUUGAUGCUUCAACGUCGACAAAGUAUGGAUUUUUAAAUCACAGAAACAUUCGUUCCAAAACACCGACUGAUUAAAUUUGAAAUUGAUUAAAUUGAA